GUGAAGGUUUCGUUACCGCUCUCCAGUCCACGCUUACAUCGUUAUCAAAUGUGAUGUGAAAAAUUUAACAAAAGAUGCCGAACGAAUACAAGCGAAAGACGAAUCGGGGUAUGGCAAGCAAAGAAAUUUACGAACUGGCUUCCGAAGAAGUGAUGCUACGCAAUAAAUCUCUUCGUGAUGCUGCCACAAGUUAUGAUAUAAACCAUACGUCGCUUUACAGAUACAUUAAGAAAAAACAAGCGUAUCAGAGCAAUAAGGCCAUCCAACCACCCUCAAUUGGAUAUCAUCGCCCCACAGUGUUUACCAAAGAGGAAGAAAAAUCCUUGUGUGAAUACGUUUUGACCUGCUCUGAUGCCAAUUUUGGGUUGAGUACAAAAGAAGCAAGAAAACUUGCGUAUAAGCUUGCUGUGGCAUAUGACGAAAAGUGCCCUUCUUCUUGGAUGCAAACCAAAAUGGCUGGUGACGUUUGGCUCAGAUUGUUCAUGAAACGCCACGAAGUUUUGUCUUUGAGACUUCCACAAGCGACAAGUAUUGCUCGAGCGACCAGUUUCAAUAGAACCAACGUGGAACUAUUUUUAAAAAUUAUUGUUCGAUACUUGACAAAUAUCAUAUGGAAGCAAAAGACAUCUGGAAUGUUGAUGAAACAGUCAUAACUACUGUCCAAAAGCCUGAUCGUGUUAUUGCACGACGAGGUCAAAAGCAAGUCAGCGCCAUGACGUCUGCAGAAAGAGGUAGUUUAGUCACUCUAGCAUUAGCUGGAGAUGCUAUAGGUAAUUGCAUUCCACCAAUGUUCAUAUUUCCCCGUAAGCGUUUUAACGACCACUUUAUUUGUGAUGGUCCAAGUGGGUCCAUUGGAACAGCCAAUGGUUCUGGAUGGAUGCAAGAAGAUGAUUUUUAUUGCUUUAUAGAGCACUUCAAGAAUCACGUCCGAUCUUCCAAAGAAAAUCCGGUUUUGUUAUUACUAGAUAUCAUGCUUCGCAUACCGCUGUCAAAAACAUCAACUUUUGCAAGGAAAAUGGAAUCGUACUGUUGACGUUUCCACCACAUUGCACGCACAAACUUCAGCCUAUGGACCGAGCUAUCUUUGGCCCUGUAAAAAAAGCAAUCAAUACAACAUGCGAUAACUGGAUGCGUUCACACCCAGGAAAAGUAAUGACAAUAUAUGACAUUCCAGGAAUUGUCAAAACUGCCUUUGAUAUAGCAGUCACCAUAAAAAAUGUAACUGCAGGAUUCCGGACGACCGGGAUAUGGCCAUUGAACACUGAAAUAUUUCGUGAAGAG